UUAAAAGUAUCCAUACAACGACCUAAUAGUGCGGCUCGACGCCAAGUGCUUGGGUAGCUGGGAGCUCCUUCUGUCCUUAGAUGCACCCGAUUCCUUACCAGCAUACUAUGUUACUUUUACAAUUGUAGCCGGUUCCUAUAACUAGCUUAGUAGUAGGGUAAGGCAGGCAAAGUCGCCAAGUUGCUAGAGGCAACAUACCUCACAGGAUAAGACCGCCCGCUGCUUGAGAAGGGCUAGACACAAAAUGCAGGCCUGGGAUGAGAAUCCUAAACCAGUCUUCUACAACACCGAUGCCGGUCACAAGAUGACCCUUUCAAGGGCGGUGUCAGUAUCGCCACAUCGGUAUUCGGUUAUGCAUUCCAAUGCACCUCGCUUAGCUGAAGCGCCGCGAGAAAUAGCGCCCUUCGGAGCUUACAACAUCGAUACCGGCCAUAAAAAGUCGGUAGAGAGCCAUUGCAGAGACUCCCGGCGCUUCUACGCGAGUGUGUUCGACAGCCAGGUGCCUCGCUUCACGCGGCCUUGGAGCUCACCCGUCACGGACGUCUUCUACGACCCGGAACGGCUCAAGGACCACGCGCCCGUAACGCUGGCCAAGUCGUUGGAGACAACUGCCAUCAACUAUUCCAUCCACCGAUCCCGCUACAAGCGUUUCCCUGACCGACCCCUCAUGACAGAAUCCCCAGAUGUGGUGUACGAUGUCGACUGCCACCUGGCCAAGAACAAGUGCUCGCUCUACACUGCUGUCGUGAAUUCGCCGGUUAGCUACAAGAACAUGGGCACCAACCCCACCUCCACCGCUCGCGCACACCGCCGGGAGGACUACAAGGCGACGCUGGGGCCGGGCUCCUACGACUACAAGGACGCGCGCAGUGUGUCGGUGUCGCCCAGCCUGGACAGCCGCCCGCUCAGCUCCAUGGCCAGCAGCGUGCGCAGGUUUGGCACCGGCGAGGCGCACCGCAUGAUUGGGCAAUCGUGGGGACCCGAGCGCGCCAACAAGCACUGGGGCCGCGGGACCGUCAUUAGCAAGACCGAGUACCUGCGACCGCAGUACCUGCCCAAGGCGUACGAGACGAAAAAAUAGGAUGUAUGAUGUAAGAGCAGUUUUGGCGUUCGGUUUUGGCUGGCAGGGGUGAGGCUGCUGGGGGCUGCGGGAUGCUUGUACACCCC